ACACCUGCGAGGCCACGACGUGUUAUGUGGCUUUAUGGUUGGUCCUUUAAACAGUUUUCGGAUCACAUGACAGUAACAUAACAGCAUGGCUGCCUCUGUGGUACAAUACAACGUUAAAGAUGGCAAAGAUUCUAUUUUGGAGCCCCUGUCUUUACCGGAAAGCCCAGGCGGAAGUAUACCUCCAGACAAUUCCACUUCUGUGCCCUGCAUCCUGUGUGAGGAAAGCUAUUCUCUUACUGAAAAGGAUGCACUCCUGAAGCAUUUGAUACUUGAGCACAAACUGGUGAUAGCUGAUGUCAAACUUAUUGCUGAUUUUAGAAGAUACAUCUUGUACUGGAGGAAAAGAUUUCCUGAGCAGCCUAUUAUUGAUUUCUGCAGUGUGAUAAGGACAAAUUCAGAAGGCCCUGUCGAAGGACAAGAGGAUUACUUUCUGCUGUGUGAUGUUUUACCAGAGGACAGGCUUCUUAGGGAGCAGCUUCAACAGAAAAGACUGGAAGAGAUCCUUGAACAACAGCAGCGAGAGAGAAAUGAUGCCAGCUUUCACCGUGUUUGUACGUUUUGUAAUGAUGAAUUCACUGGAAAUAGGUCUUUGCUUCUCAACCAUAUGGCGAUAGAGCAUGGCUUUAACAUGGGGCUCCCAGACAACAUUGUGUACUGCACUGAAUUCCUGGACACGCUGCAGAGGAAACUUGACAAUCUGCAGUGUCUUUACUGUGAGAAAACCUUCAGAGACAAAACAACCCUGAAAGAUCACAUGAGGAAGAAACAGCACCGGAGAAUAAAUGCUAAAAACCAGGAAUAUGACAAGUUCUAUGUUAUCAACUACUUGGAACUGGGAAAGACCUGGGAAGAAGUUCAAUCUGAAGAUGACCGAGAGAUGAUAGAAGAUCAAGAUGAUGACUGGUCUGACUGGCAAGAUCACCCAGUUUGUGCUGUCUGUCUUUUUUGUGAACAUCAGUCAGAAACUAUGGACAAGAUAUACAGUCACAUGAAGGAUACACAUGGAUUUGAUCUGGCUAAAAUAAAGACUGAACUUGGUUUAAAGUUCUACCAGCAGGUGAAAUUAGUAAACUUCAUGAGAAGAGAAAUCCAUCAGUGUCGGUGUUACGGAUGCAAAGAAAAGUUUCCUUCCAAAGCUGAAGUUCUGAAGCAUAUCAUGGAUGCAAAACAUAUUAUGGCGCUGCAAGAUAAAUCCACAUGGGAUCAACCUCAGUAUUACUUUCCAACCUAUGAAAAUGAUGCCCUCCUUUGUGCCCUGUCUGACAGCGAGAGCGAAUCGGAGACUGAUAAUCAAAGCAAAGAAAUCCCUGUCAUUGCAGAAGACAUUUCAAACCUAAAAGCACUAAAGCAGACCAGUGUGUUAAAUCAGCUGUUAAAAGACAGGACCUACAGCAGCUAGUGUGCGUAUACAUUUAAAGAACAUCAUAUCGUAUGUGUUUGUUUAUUUUCAAAUGGCAGCACAAAGACAGAAUGUAAGCUAAAUGUAUGCAAUAAAAAAAUGUUAAUCUUAAGAUUGUAAUGCAGUCAUUGUUUAUGCUUGUCUUGUUUUUGUUUAAGAACAGGUGGCAUCAUUAGCUUAAAACUGGAAUACAGUCCUACAACCUACUGUAUAUAAUAUUUGUGUAAAUCUCUUUAAUUUGUGGCUAUUUUCUUACAGGUUUAAUAUCCAAUACAUUCGUAAGUUUGUAUAUGUUUUAAGAGGUUUGUUGUCUUAUUUAAGGCUGCCAUCUUUACAUUUUUUGUUAAUAUGUAAACUGCAUAACACUGUUUAAACAAUGGGUGGGGCCUUUAAAAAUAACUACUGGUAUAUUACAGUCUCAAUUAGAAAACUAAAUUGCAAACAGUAUCUAAAAAGACCAGCCUCAACAGAAACCUGAGUUUUUUCUUUAAUUGAGAAUGCCCAAUUAUUUUACCCAGCUCCCCCCAAUUUAAGUACGUCCAAUAAUGUUCCCUCACUACAGAAAUUCCCCACAACAGCUAAGGUCAUUGUGUGUCCUCCGAACACACAACCAAACACUGACGAGUUUGACAGCGAGUGUCGUCAAGCUGCUGUCUCCAGGAGGGCAUUGGCCAGCCAUGCAGGUGUCUGCUUGAGCUCCCCAGGCACCUGGCCAGUAGAGUCCACUGUAGUGCAGUGAGUAGAAAUGAUCACUGCCAACUUCCCUAACCCAGGGGCGCACCAGAGCCAGUGCGACGCUACUUGAGGAAACCUCAACAAAGAUGGACAGUUUGUCACAAUAAGUCUUGUCUUUACCAGACAAGCCACUCGGACCCCAAUAUAUUUGUCCUAGUGUGUUUUAAUAGUUUUUACUUCUAAUUUUUCAUUAGUGAUUGGUCUGACUGGCAAGAUCACCCAGUUUGUGAUAUGUAAAAAAAAUAAAAUAAAUAAUAAUACAAAGAACAUAUUGACUAAUUGAUUCAAAUGUUUAUUAAAAGAGCAUAGAGCUUAAUGAAAAUCAAAUUAUGGCUUAACUAUUUUUUAAAGAAUCCCAAAUUGUAAAUAAAGUGCACAAAUCAUUUUA